AUCCGGAUUUUAUCAUUCACUUGACGGAUUCGGAUUCGUAGAACUUGUUUUGAGUAAACGUCACGUUGAGUAAUCUGUUGUUAUUUCUAUCAAUCACAGUCAAUCAUUCGUAUAACAACAGAAACAUGUUUAUAUUAAAUAUCUUAUAAAAAAAGUAACAAUCUUGAUUUAAAAAAGAAUGGCUUGGCAAACUUUAUGCAAUGAAGUUGAAUUUUUAACACAGCAUCCGGAAGUUGGGUUAGCCGUUACUGAUUCCACUGCACCAGUGCCAGGAUAUCUUUUCGGGGAAAUAAAUGCUAUAACCUAUGUUGACUAUGGAAAUCACUGUAAACCUCUGGUAAAUUUUCUAAUAUCCAGAUUAGAAGCUAAUUCUCCUUUAGUUUCCACAAAGGUAUUGAAGCUUCUUUUAUAUCUUGUUAAAAAUGGACAUGCAGAAAUGGUAGAAGAAGUAAAGUUUCAUGAAGUAGCAUUGAAAGAGGCUUUGAGUUUUUAUGGAGUUCCUGAUGAUCUCCAUGGAAAAGCAUUUUAUGAAAAUAUUCGCAAAAUGGCUAAGGAGAUUUUAGACUAUGUAUUUUCAGAAGAUAAAAGAACACAUGAAAACGUUCUUCCACCUGCUGCAUCUGAGUUGACUGGUUAUGGAUCAAGUGCAAAUUCAAAAAACCUCCAAGGAUUUGGCUUUUCUUUAAAAACUCAAAAAUCUGUGUCUGAAAAGAUGAGUGAUGGUAUUUCAAAUUUUGUUGAAAAGUUAUUGCCAUCAAAUAAGCCAGUAGAAACUGCCCAUGUUUCUCACUUGAGUGAAGCUUUACCACAGUAUAAGCCAUUGAUCAUUAAUAGGAGUAUUCCAGAUUGUGAAGAAGUCCCUUCCCAAUUAAGACCUUCGCCUGUACAAAUGCCUGUACCAACUCUUAGAACCAAAAAGAAAGCUAGUGUUUACAAGCCUGGUCGUCCAGGUGGUGGAUGGGAUGAUUCUGAAGAUGAAGAAAUCGAAGCAGAAAUGGCUGUUCCCGAAGAAAUCAGUCACAAAAGCUGUACAUCUGUUGACUCUAUAGAUUUUAGUAAAAUUGAAUUUAAGGAAGUUACUGUGGAUUGGGUGGAUGAACACAAAGUUGUAGAUGAAUUUACAGUAAAUGCAAAACUAAAUAAAUUAGAUAAUACAACUAUAUUAUCGCUUGCAAAAAGAUGUUCAUCAUUAAACUGUGACAAAGUGCUUAGUUUUCUUGUUGAAAAAUUAUCAGAAAAUGAGGAAAAUGUUCAAUUGAGAGCUUUGGUUUUUAUGGAAUAUUUAUUGUUCCAUGACAUUAUCACCUUGGAGUCAUUGCUGAAAAUUGUUCUUCCUUCUUUGAAGGAACUAAAUGAAAAAGAAGAUGAAAUUCCUACUGCAGUUAAAGUCAAAGCCAAAAAGAUAAUCUUAAUUAUUGAAAAUUUAAAUAGAAUUUGCCAACAACGACAGUCAAAACAACUUGCAGAUACUUUGAUUCCUUGCAACAGCUAAUGAAUAUGAAAUAA